AUGCCUGAGAGUGAUUUACAAAAUCCUCAAACAUCUGUUCAAGAUGCCUCAUCUUUCACUUCAACCCCAUCCAAUAAAGUUGAAAAUGAUGAAUUAAAAGCUUUCAAUGAAUCCAACGACGAUGACCAAGUUGCCAUUGAAAUUCCAAAGAAACCUGCUUCCGCUUAUAUUACCGUUUCUAUCAUGUGUAUUAUGAUUGCUUUCGGUGGUUUCGUUUUCGGUUGGGAUACUGGUACCAUUUCUGGUUUCGUUAACCAAACUGAUUUCUUAAGAAGAUUUGGUGAAUUAGAUUCAGAAGGUGUUCCAUAUCUGUCUAAGGUCAGAACUGGUUUAGUCGUCUCUAUUUUUAACAUUGGUUGUGCUAUUGGUGGUAUUAUUCUUGCUAAGGCUGGUGAUAUGUACGGUCGUAAGAAGGGUUUAAUUAUCGUUGUCGUUAUUUACAUUGUCGGUCAAGUUAUCUGUAUUGCUUCUGUUAAGGCUUGGUACCAAUACUUCAUCGGUAGAAUUAUUGCCGGUUUAGGUGUUGGUGGUAUUGCUGUUUUAUCCCCAAUGUUAAUCUCUGAAGUUUCACCAAAACACUUAAGAGGUACUUUAGUCUCCUGUUAUCAAUUAAUGAUCACAUUAGGUAUCUUUUUGGGUUACUGUACUAACUACGGUACCAAGACAUACAGUGACUCUAGACAAUGGAGAAUUCCAUUAGGUUUAUGUUUCGCUUGGGCUUUAUUUAUGAUCGGUGGUAUGACUUUCGUUCCAGAAUCUCCACGUUAUUUAGUUGAAGUUGGUCAGAUUGAAGAAGCUAAGCGCUCUAUCUCCAUUUCUAACAAGGUUGGCAUGGAAGAUCCAUCUGUUCUUGCUGAAAUUGAAAUCAUCCAAGCCGGUGUUGAAGCUGAAAAAUUAGCUGGUAACGCUUCCUGGGGUGAAUUAUUCUCCACUAAGACCAAGAUUUUCCAACGUUUACUCAUGGGUGCCAUGAUUCAAUCUUUACAACAAUUGACGGGUGAUAACUACUUCUUCUACUAUGGUACAACCAUUUUCCAAUCUGUCGGUAUGAAUGAUUCUUUCGAAACUUCCAUUGUCCUAGGUAUUGUCAACUUUGCUUCUACUUUCGUUGGUAUCUACGUUGUCGAACGUUAUGGUCGUCGUAGAUGUCUAUUAUGGGGUUCUGCUUCCAUGACUGCUUGUAUGGUUGUCUUCGCCUCUGUAGGUGUCACCAGAUUAUGGCCAAAUGGUAAAGGAAAUGGUUCCUCCAAGGGUGCCGGUAACUGUAUGAUUGUUUUCACUUGUUUCUACAUCUUCUGUUUCGCUACCACCUGGGCUCCAAUUCCUUUCGUCAUCAACUCUGAAACUUUCCCAUUAAGAGUCAAGUCCAAGUGUAUGGCUGUUGCACAAGCUUGUAACUGGUUAUGGGGUUUCUUGAUUGGUUUCUUCACUCCAUUCAUUACGGGUGCCAUUGAUUUCUACUACGGUUACGUUUUCAUGGGUUGUCUAUGUUUCUCUUACUUCUACGUUUUCUUCUUCGUCCCAGAAACUAAGGGUUUAACUUUAGAAGAAGUCAAUACCAUGUGGGAAGAAGGUGUCUUACCAUGGAAAUCCGACUCCUGGGUUCCACCAACUAGAAGAGGUGCUGACUAUGAUGCUGAAGCUUUAAAGCAUGACAACAAGCCAUUCUACAAAAGUUUAAUGGGUAGAAACUAG